UAGGAUAUUGACAUACACCGGUGACCGUGCUGAUGCCGCUGCCAGAGCAGGGAAUUGGUGCUGCCAGCGGGGCCUUCUAUCAAUCAAAGUUCGAAUUUGAUGUAGAAGAUGUGGUAAACGAUAGGAUAUUGACAUACACCGGUGACCGUGCUGAUGCCGCUGCCACAUCUAUGUAUGCUUCUUCGGUCUUCGCCAUACGAGAUGUAUUUAAUAGCACGGCGACCCACCCUCCUUUAUACUUGCGACUCGAACACACAUUCUUCUCAAUCUAUUGAACUCAAAGAGAUUAUCCCAAAUCUUUAUUUUUGAAGUCUAGCGACACAUAUUCCAGCAGCACCAUGAAGUGGGCUUUGGUAAUCGUACACAACAGCGCCGGCGCCAAGCUGUGGUUCAGCGAUGGCGAGCCCAUUGGGGCAGUCCGAGGCGGGUCUGAAUCGAGUCACAGGCUAAUCAUCGAUAAACAAGGAUUUAUCGAUAUCACUUUACCCUACUCAUCACUUCCGUCUUUCAUCGACCUGAACAACACAGCCACCAUGUGCCCAGAGGGCCUAGUGAACAUCAACCUCACACUCCCCGGGGAUGGUUCUUUCUCGUUCUUCAUCACUCCAUCUAUUCCCGUUCACUUUACGGGGACGUUAAAGCCACUACCGGAGGUGUCGGAUGAUGAUGCAUCAUUUCUCAACGAGAUGAUCGACUCGUGCUACGUGCCAUACCAAGACAUACAAGGCGCGCCAGGCAAGGACGUAGCAGAGAUUAAAGCCUUAGGGCUACGUCAUUUUCCAUUCUCGCCGCACAGCUUUCAGAUGGCAAUGGCAGUGUAUGACUGGACGACUGCAUCGUUUGCGCGCAUGGUCCUGAUGAAAAUAUUUGAGUACACUAGCAUCCCAUCGAUACCGUAUCCUCUUGACUCUCCAAGUGUCGCAACCGCGAUCUGGGAGUCAAACUGGGGCUCGUACGUUCCGAGCAACAAGUUCUACAUGAAUUCUUUUAUGAUGAAGCCCGCGUCCACAUUGCAAGACGUUCAGGAUCAGCUUCACGACGUUGAGGCUCGCCUGCAGAGGUUCAGUACCGUUCAAAAUAGGUUACUCGGUGCUGCUUUUGCAGCGAUGCCCCGCACAUCUAUCUUUCAUGCGCCUCAAUUAUUCAGCGGGCAGCUUGACAUGUCCCAGCUCAACCUCGAUCAAUUCGGCAUCGAAAUGCUAGAGUGCCCCCUCAAUGCCGGGCCGACUAGCCAGUCGCUUACCGUGUCUUUUACGGCAGCAAUGGCAACUUUCGUCAAGGUGGGCAGCAUCAUCACAACCAAGAUGGUCUGGAGCUUCGCGGAUUCGAUCGACAUCGCAAAGCAUUACCAAAAUGGCCUUAUAUUGGUUGUCAACCCUCCCGACAACGACUCGUGGGUCUGGGAUGGGGCAAGUUAUAUCACACCGCUCUCGGAUGAUCCUGAGAAGAAUGAGUACACAUUCGCUCCGGGGACGUCAUUCAUUGUAGAGUCACUAGAUGUACGGGACAUUGAUGAGGAUGAGAGGAACAAGUCCGUUCAGUUUCUGACUCUGAAGCUGCAUGUUCCUGGUUCCGUUCGCGAUAGUCGAACCCCAAGCCGACCUCCACUCAAUAACAUACCCGCGCGCCGUUCCAGCGGCCCCAAGUCCAAUCACCACCUCACAAAUAAGACGGGUGGAAGACGAUGCCACUGUGUUGAUGAUGCUGAAAGGAAUUAGCGGGAGAGGCGGUACAAUCAUUAUGAAAGUUCAGUAUAGGUCGGACGCGUGCUUGCGGUUUGAGGCUUCGAUGUACCAGUCUGAUGA